AUUAACCUUAUCGGUUUGUUUACUUUUAAUCUUGAAUUAUAAAAGUCAAAGUUUUUAUUAGAAAUGUACAGUUGUUAGUUUUUAAUCUUUCGAAAAUGAAGGAAAGCAAGGAGAAACUUCAUCCCACAGUGUAUGUGGUAUUCAUAAGUCUGCUUCUGGACCUAUUAGCAUUUACAAUGAUUUUACCACUACUACCCUCCUUACUGGAUCAUUACAGAGAUAAUGAUGGAAUAGGCCUAUAUUCAUGGCUCUCCAGCCAAAUAUACCAGUACCAAAAGAUUGUUGGAGCACCUGAGAAAUUUAACUCAGUUUUGUUUGGAGGAUUUUUGGGUUCUAUGUUUAGUUUUCUCCAAUUUAUUGCUUCACCAAUGUUGGGAGGUCUUUCUGAUGUUUUUGGAAGGAGAAUCAUCAUGCUUUGUUGCUUGGUAGGAAUUGCCUUCUCAUAUGUUCUGUGGGCACUUUCAAGCAAUUUUCUACUAUUUGUUUUGGCAAGAAUAAUUGGAGGUGUGAGUAAAGGCAAUGUUUCUGUUAGCAUGGCUAUCAUUACUGAUACUUCCUCUGCCAAUACCAGGGUAACAGGAAUGGCUCUAGUAGGAAUAGCCUUUUCACUGGGUUUUAUUGUAGGGCCCAUGAUAGGUGCAAUGUUCGCAGUAUGGGCAAAACAAAGAACAGGAAGCUGGUAUGUAGUUCCUGCUCUAUUUGCUCUUUUUCUUUCGGUUGCAGAUAUAAUCUUUUUUUGGAUGUUUUUUAAGGAAUCGCUUCCAAAGAACAAACGUGCCAAUUUGUCUGAAACACUUGAAAAUACCAGAUAUUUGAUUGAUCCCAGAGAUCUUUUUAAAUUUACUGCUGUGACAAACAUACAAGAAGCAGACUUAAAGGAGCUUAGAAAACUAGGACUUAUUUAUUUUGUUUAUUUAUUUAUUUAUAGCGGCUUGGAAUUUACUUUAACAUUCCUUACUCAUCAUGUUUUCAACUACACGUCUAUACAACAGGGAUGGAUGUUCUUUGCAAUUGGGGUUACUAUGGCCUUAAUACAAGGAACAUAUGUAAGAAAAAUUUCGCCAGACAAAAUCAAAUCUACUGGAAUCUUGGGACUGUGGAUAAUUAUUCCAUCUUUUGUGUGUGUUGGCCUUGCAAACGGACCUUUAAUGUUAUAUUUAGGCCUAUUCCUAUAUGCUGUCUCUACAGCAAUGGUCGUUCCCUCCAUAACAACUCUAGCUUCACGAUAUGGGGGAGAGCAGCAGAAGGGCACUGUCAUGGGAAUAUUUAGAUCUCUAGGAGCUUUAGCUAGGGCUUUAGGACCCUGUGUUGCUAGCAUAGCAUUUUGGAGUGCCGGCUCACGAAUUACCUACUUAACAGGUUCUGUAUUCUUAUUUUGGCCUGUUUUAACUCUUAUAAAUAGUAAGAGUUGACUGUAAUUCAACGUCUCUAUGGCUGUUAAAUUUUAACGUAAUAAAUAAACAGUAUUUUUUUAUUUUAUAGCAUUAAUUCGCUUAUAUCAAUGUAUUUAAGCUGUAAUACUCAAGUCUUGUUAAAGUAUUAACAUUUUUUCCUUUUUAUAUUAAACAUUUAUAUAUUCUUAUACCGUCCUUAAUACUAAUUUUAGAUUUAAAUAUACUAUAUUCAUAUAUUUUAUAUACUCGUAGAUAUAAUUUUUAAAUAAAUUUAUACUUGUUAA